UGCCACGCUGUGUCUCUGGCAUGUGGUCGUCAUCUACGGCCAUGGCUCCCUCGGGGGAGAGGAAAGGAGGAGAUCCGACUGAGCUUUUGAAGAUCUUCGCAUCCCUCCACAAGCUUCCAGUUCAUCUAUUUCGCAACAUUACAUAUAUGUGAAUGUAUAUAUCUGAAAGCUGAAUGGCGGAAGCUGUGAUGGCUGGAGUUCCGGCGCUGCUGCGGCGGUUGCUGGCGGCGGUGAUGUGUUGCUGCUUGGCGAGUCAUCUUCUUCUUCUUCCUCUUCCAGCUCAGGCCAUCUGGUUGAAGCUACCAAGUUCCGGAACCAAGUGCUUGUCGGAGGAGAUCCGGAGCAACGUCGUCGUUCUCGCUGACUACGACGUCAUCAACGACAAUUCGCAUGAACGUUCCGACAUCCCCACCAUCUCCGCCAGAGUAACAUCACCCUACGGAAACAAUCUGCAUCACCAAGAAAAUGUGACUCAUGGUCAAUUUGCAUUUACAACAAAAGAGUCUGGCAGCUAUGUGGCAUGUUUCUGGGUGGGCAGUAAACUCCAAGGUGACCACAAUGUAACUGUUAGUCUUGAAUGGCGAAUUGGAAUUGCUGCCAAGGAGUGGGAAACAGUUGCAACGAAAUCAACCAUCGAGAGUAUUGAAUUUGAAUUGACAAAACUUGAAGGAGCAGUUGAAGACAUCCAUGAAAAUUUAAUUCAUCUCAAGAACAGGGAAGCAGAAUUGAGGGAAGUCAGUGAAACGGCCAAUGCUAGAGUGGCUUGGUUCAGUAUAAUGUCCCUUGGCGUCUGCAUCAUUGCUUCAGUUUUGCAGUCAUGGCACUUGAAGCGCUUCUUCAGAAAGAAAAAACUCAUCUAGCUGUUACAUUCUAAUAAUUCUUUUCAUGAGAGUUAAAAACAGAAUAUUUCUGUUAAUCCUUGCUUGACCAGCACCAUAGUGUUACUACUUGAGAAAAGGGAUCAGUGAUUGUAGCUGCAACAGAAGAUGAUUUAACUUCUAAGCCACAUUUUCCUCUUGCAUCCGGUAGAUUGUGAUGGGGAGGAAUUUCUUUGUUGUUCUCUUCAGUUUCUUUGCCUCCAAACAACUGUAUCUGUACGCCCACCAAUGUGAGGGUCUGUUUGGAACCAAAUUUGGAUUUUGGACUGCUCACUGCUGAUUUAUGGGUUAA